AUGAAGGCCUACGCGCUGCUCGUCUUCCUCGUGUCUCUGGCUGUGGCCGAGAUUACCGGGGUCUCCUCUUCCAACAAUCCUGGUGAUGUUGGAAACACUGACUUCCAUUCUGAACUUCUCAAGCGUACUGGCAACGGAAAGGUCUGCGGUAACCAGGGCGAAUGUGGCCAGGGUUUCUUCUGUCUCAUGUUCUGGUGCAUCGAUGACGACCCUGCACUCUUCCCUGAUGUCCUAUGUCGCUCGAACUACCACUGCAAAGACAAAGGCGACGGAUAUUACUGCUUAAACGGCCUAUGUGCCCCUCCCAAAUCCGCUCCUGUCGAUCAGCCAUCAUGCAAGUCCGACAGCGAUUGCGAGGGCAACAACUCCAAAUGUGAAGAAAACCUCUGCAUCGAUGAUAACCUUACUAUGACGGCCCCAGAUAUCAGCGACCCAAACUGCAAGAGUGACUCUGACUGUGAUGGAGGUCAAUGCCUGAACGGGAUAUGCCUGGCACGCUCUCGCACCAAGAUGCGGUUCGCUCGUCGCUCUCCUCAACUGAUCUGCCACAACGAUCAAGAAUGCACCGGCACUGAUGGAACCCCUGGGUACUGUACUUCUACUGGAAUCUGUGUGGCUGAUCCUCCCCACAAGCUCGCCGCUCGCUCUCCUCAACUGAUCUGCCACAAUGAUCAGGAGUGCACCGGCACUGAUGGAACCCCAGGGUACUGCACUCCUAGUGGAAUCUGUGUGGCUGACCCUCCCCGCAAGCUCGACACUCGCUCUCCCCAACUGAUCUGCCACAAUGAUCAGGAAUGCACCGGCACCGAUGGAACGCCUGGGUACUGCACUCCUAGUGGAAUCUGUGUGGCUGACCCUCCCCGCAAGCUCGACACUCGCUCUCCCCAACUGAUCUGCCACAAUGAUCAGGAAUGCACCGGCACCGAUGGAACGCCUGGGUACUGCACUCCUAGUGGAAUCUGUGUGGCUGACCCUCCCCGGAAACUUGCACGCUCGCCUCAACUGAUCUGCCACAAUGAUCAGGAAUGCACCGGCACCGAUGGAACGCCUGGGUACUGCACUCCUAGUGGAAUCUGUGUGGCUGACCCUCCCCGCAAGCUCGACGCUCGCUCUCCCCAACUGAUCUGCCACAAUGACCAGGAAUGCACCGGUACUGAUGGAACCCCGGGGUACUGCACUUCUACUGGGAUCUGUGUGGCUGACCCUCCCCAGAAACUUGCACGCUCGCCUCAACUGAUCUGCCACAAUGACCAGGAGUGCACCGGCACUGAUGGAACCCCGGGGUACUGCACUUCUACUGGGAUCUGCGUGGCUGACCCUCCCCGCAAGCUUAUUCGUUCUCCUCAACUGAUCUGCCACAACGAUCAAGAAUGCACCGGUACUGAUGGAACCCCGGGGUACUGCACUUCUACUGGGAUCUGCGUGGCUGACCCUCCCCGGAAACUUGCACGCUCGCCUCAACUGAUCUGCCACAAUGACCAGGAGUGUACCGGCACUGAUGGAACCCCGGGGUACUGUACUUCUACUGGCAUCUGUGUGGCUGACCCCCCUCGCAAGCUCACUCGUUCCCUCAUUUGA